CGGAGGGGGCGGAACUUGGGCUGAAGAGCCGCGGGAGCCGCCCAUUCGUCGGUCGCAGAGCCCUCUUGGUGAGUUUGUGCUGGGCUUCGGCUGCUGUUUUGCUGAGGGCGGAAGACGAUGGCGUUUGUCCGAGGCAGCCCCCUGGCCCUUGCCGUCCUUUGGUCGCUGCCGUUGUUGUUGUUGCUGCUGCCCGCCGGUUUCUGUGAAAACUGUACAGCAUACAAAGAUUCUGAUGGCUACUUACAUUCAGAAAAAUCCUGCCUGGAGUUCUGCUGUGGAACGUGUACCAGCCGAUAUUGUUGUUCAAACUUGUUACAGAAAUUAGAUGAAGAUGAUCAAGUUAUGUGUAAUGAGAUGUCAGAAAGCAUGUCGGAAAUGGGAGAAGAAAUGAAGUUCAGAACAGACUUUGAUGAUAUCUAUGAAGCUAAUCAGAGAAGCUUUGGGACUUUUGUAGCCAUUGGAGUCACACUCUUUGUGCUGUUUGUUGUUACUGUUAUUCUCUGCUUCACCUGCUCCUGUUGCUGCUUGUAUAAAGCAUGCCGAGGGACACCAGCACGGCCUAUUGUAACAACUACUACAGCCACUACUGUGGUACAAGUGCCAUAUCCCCAGCAGCCUGGUAUGGCACCAGGCUACCAUGGAGGUUACCAUGCAGGAUAUAGUCCUGUGCCAGUGCAGCCACAGCCUGGAGUGCCAGCAGCACCCUACCCGACACAAUAUCCUCCACCUUACCCCAUGCAGCCUGCAGGACCACCAGCCUACCAUGAAACAAUGGCAGGUGCUGGAGCUUCCCAUCCAACAGUUCAGCCACCCUAUAACCCAGCAUAUAUGGACCCUCCAAAGCCUUCUUAUUAAAUGGACCACCUGCUGUAUGUCUGCACAGAGUUCUUCAAACUGAAUCCGUCUUGAGGCACACGCCUUAAAAUACUGUUCUGUUACCGGGGGGG